CCUUUGAAUCGCAAAACAUGACCAUAUCUAUGGGCGCUAGCAACGUUGAAGCCCAAGUUGGGGGAUUCACAUUCUGAUUAUAAAUAACUAUACUCAGCGGAGUAGAUAAGUUCUUUGUCCUAGUGAAUCUUAAAAGAAAAAUAAAAAAAUACCAAACAUGUCUCUAUUGCUACAAAUAAACGAUUGUCAGUUGGUAAAAUUGCAACAAAACCCUGAAUAUAUGACAAGGCCCAAACUUGUGAAGAUUUACGAUAUAAAUUACACACGAUUUUCACCAGCAAAAAAAUUUCGCUAUCUGUUUAAAGAGCCGAGUCAAUAUCCCCUGGAUCUUAAUAAUGUUGUUGGUGACCCGAUUGAAAUAAAACACAGUACACAAAAUAAUUUAUUGCAUCCCUUGUUAAAUACUUAUUUUGAAGACUACAUUGUUCUGCUGGAAGAAGAUAUUGAUGAUGAUGACAAUAGAAAUGCAAACAAAGUGGAAAUGACUGAUGUUUAUAGCAGGCGUGGUAUUCUAGAAAGAAUUAUGGGUUUUUAUUACGAGAAAAAUGAUUUUAGUGCGCUUGUGUCACGGUGCAAUGGAAAGCUUUUUGUAGUGGAACUGCCACAGAGCGAAGAUGCAUUUGAAAGAAAUCAGAGUGGAAAUAAUACACAUCAUAGGCGUUUUUGUCAAAUUACAUCCGUAGACACUAUGCCGGAACUUUCUGAUUGCAAUGAUGACAACAUAUUUCAAGUUGCAAUACACGAAGCUAACUUGGGAAAAUACAAUCUACACUAUGUUGCAAGAGCACCGGCUAUAAAGGUCACUGAAGCAUCAAAGAAUGAUCUUAAAAAUUUAAGAGAUGUGGAAUUUGUGUCCACUAAACAAAUGUGGUCCUCGAUACGAGAUAAAAGUACAAAAUUUCUAAAAUAUUGGCUGCAAUCGUAUCUGUCUAACGUAAGGGAACUGUACAUUGCUUACAAAGACUCGAAGGGUAUGGUUUCUAGUCCAAUUGAAUGUUGGAAAACAUGCGACAUUCCUAAGAAUUACCUUUGGAAGCCGAGGGUUUGUACAACGUUUUUAAACGAAUUUCUAAAUAAGGUCGAGGAAAUUAUGGCAAACAUAAAUUCUUUGGAUAUUGUUUUUGAAUUUGCAUUUAAUACAUCAACAAGAAGUGUAACAUAUUUUAAAAAAUCGGGCGUCGGCUUUAUUCCAAAAGAAUAUGCUGAUAGAAUUUAAGAAAAAAUUGUUUAAAAUAUGAGUUAUAUGUAAAUAAACUACUUUCGAUUUUA